CAAUGAGGUCUUUCAGCUACGAUCCGCAUGAGAGAUGGAAGAUGGUGCAAAAUGAUCCAAAGUUGAUCGCGGCUCGAGAGGGGAUGGCUGCCAAGAGGGCUGAAUUGAAGGCGCAGAUGGCUGAAUUGAAGGCGAGGCGAUCCAGCGCCAAGAAGGUCACCAAUGGAUCAAAGAGCGAACUCCUGCAGCAACUCUCCCAGCAGCAGGCCGAGAUCAAGGAGGUUGACAAACGCAUCUCCGAAAUCAAGGCAAAAUAUCAGAAUGAAGGUCGCCUCAAGAACGGCGAUUAUUCCAGCAAGUCCAUGACCGAAGCGCUUGACAAGCUGGAACUGUCUGUUUUCAAGAAUGUCUGCACAACAGACAUCAACUGGAUCCUCAACACCAGCCGAACCUACAUGAUUAUGGCCGCCACUUCCCAUCAAGCUCACCUGAUCACACAAUCUCAUGACGCAUUCACCGCUGCUGGAGAACGCGCCGACCGUCUGGCUACGCUGAAGGAUGGGAUGUUGUCCGAAACCGAGGGAGAUGAUGAGCAAAUGGCUGGGAUGACUGCACCUGCAGGUCACACGUACGAUUUCAAGGCCAUGUCCCCGGCCAACAGCGACGAGGACAUCAACACAGAACUGACCAGCGUGGGCGCAAUGCUCGAGCAAAAGAAGAGCGAAUUGCGACAGCUCGAGAGCGCAGAGCCAUAUUCGCAAGAAAAGCACCAAGGCGCUCUCCUCGCAGAGCUCCGCACGAUGCUCGACCCUCGGGAUGUCAUUCAAACCGAUAUCACCAACAGACUUGCUGACUUGAACAACAUGAGCGAGUACAUACAGACCGGAACACAGAGAAUAAAAGAGCUAGACCGGGACUCGCAAAUAAAGUACAGCAACACCAUUUACACAGAGCUCCGCAAGAUGCUCAAGCCUACAAAGACCGUCCAAAAACUCAACACGGGCGCAAUCAAGCUCCACUGGUUCAUCCACCAAGCCAGUCUCAACUACGUUGCCAGAUGCCAUAUGCACUUCAUGCUCGCCGCAAUCCCGGUAGUCAACAUCUCGUCCAUCAGCCCUACCGAUCCUAAGUGGAGAUGGACAGAACUGCUUCCUGAUGGUAGCUGGACAAUCAAACCCUGGCAGUUCGAAGCAAGCCAGACGUCGGUCGAAACGAUAGUGAAGUGCAACAAGACCAUGGCAAAGACGUUGGCCAGUGCCUAUGGACAUCCUCACGUUCUCUACGGAGCAAUGGAGAAGCUCCUACUCGACUGCGACACUUUGUUGUACAGCAAAUUCCGACUGUUCGACAUGGCAUUGCCUGCCAACGUCCGCCAACCCAACGACAUCGACGAUUGCAUAACGCCCCGAGUUGUGUACAAGCCAGAGCAGAUGUGA